ACAACGAAUAUGGCUACAGUCACCGGGUAGUCGACCUCCUCCGCUACAUGUUUAGCCGAGAGAAGUAACACAAAAGGCCCCUCCUUGCUCCCCUGCGCACUUCGCCCUCCUGCCUUCGGCUCCCCCUCAAAGGAGGGCGUGCGUCUCUCGCGCCGCCGCCGGGUCAACAAUGAAAUAAAAACCAGAGUGCGCACAGCUUUGCCCUCUUGACUCUGCGCCGAUCACCUUGCGUUCAGGGCCAGGUUCAAGGUUCUCGGAUGAGCGAGGAGAGGUGGCGCUUGGCUCCGAGCCGGGUGAGAGAAGGCAAGAGUUGUCUGAACACCGGUCUUAAACCGUGUUGGGCACUGGAAGAACCUGCAGCAAGGCUGGCGCUGGGCGCUCUGACGUCACGGCGCGCGACGUACCAGGCCGGACUACAGUUCCCAUAAGGCCGCGCGCGGGCCACGGCAAGCAGGUGGGCGCCAGGCCCCGGUGCCGGCGAGGCCGACUAGACGAGACCCUUCGCUUGGCGAGUCCCGCGUUGGCGGGACCGGGCGGCUGGCGUCAUGACCCUGUUCCACUUCGGGAACUGCUUCGCCCUCGCCUACUUUCCCUAUUUCAUCACGUACAAAUGCAGCGGCCUGUCUGAGUACAACGCCUUCUGGAAAUGCGUCCAGGCUGGGGUCACCUACCUCUUUGUGCAGCUAUGCAAGAUGUUGUUCUUGGCCACUUUCUUCCCCACCUGGGAAGGUGGCAUCUAUGACUUCAUUGGGGAAUUCAUGAAGGCCAGUGUGGAUGUGGCAGACCUGAUGGGUCUAAACCUUGUCAUGUCCCGGAAUGCAGGCAAGGGGGAGUACAAGAUCAUGGUCGCUGCCCUGGGCUGGGCCACUGCUGAACUCAUUAUGUCCCGCUGCAUCCCUCUCUGGGUGGGAGCCCGAGGCAUUGAAUUUGACUGGAAAUAUAUCCAGAUGAGCAUAGACUCCAACAUCAGUCUGGUCCACUACAUCGUUGCAUCGGCUCAGGUCUGGAUGAUAACACGCUACGACCUGUACCACACCUUCCGGCCCGCGGUUCUCCUCCUGAUGUUCCUUAGUGUCUACAAGGCCUUUGUCAUGGAGACCUUCGUCCACCUCUGCUCCUUGGGUAGUUGGACAGCACUGCUUGCCCGGGCAGUAGUGACAGGUCUGCUGGCCCUCAGCACCUUGGCCCUGUAUGUUGCUGUUGUCAAUGUACACUCCUAGCUUGGCGUCCCAGGUGUUGGCGUACCUUUUUAUUGCCUCUCUCCAGAUUUUAGUGAAGUAAACAGUGUUUGGAAAGGUU